GAGAGCGUGAGGCGGGGCGGCCGCGCGGAGACUGAGUGUCUGGUCGCAGUGAGACGGAAGAGAACCUUUACCAGGAAGGAUGGAGUUGGGCAAAGGAACACUGCCCAGGACGGGGCUGAACGCCUUACAUCAAGCCGUCCACCCCAUUCAUGGCCUUGCCUGGACAGAUGGACAUCAGGUGGUCCUGAUCGAUUUGCAGCUUCACAGGGGAGAGGUCAAGUUCGGGAGCUCAAAGGCCAUCGGACAGUUUGAGCACGUGGCAGGGGUGUCCUGGGCCCCCCAGGCUGUGGCCGACACCUCCGCCCUGCUCGCCGUUCAGCAUCAGAAGCACGUGACGGUUUGGCAGCUGAGUCCCCGCCCGGCAGAGAAAAGCAAGUGGCUGAUGUCUCAGUGCUGUGAGAUCAGAACCUCCAUGCCCAUCCUGCCCCGGGGCUGCGUGUGGCACCCGCACUGCGCCGUCCUCACAGUGCUCACGGCUCGGGACGUCUCGGUGUUCCAUAACAUUCACCGUGACAGCGCCCGGGUCCGGGCUGACAUCGGCGCCCCGGGCCCCAUUCACUGUGCGUGCUGGACCCAGGACGGCCUCAGGCUGGUGGUGGCGGUGGACAGUAGCCUGCAUUCGUACAUUUGGGACAGCGCUCAGAAGACUCUGCACCCGUGCUCCUUCUCCCCCGCGGUGGACGUGGACAGCUCCGUAUGCUGCAUCAGCGCCACUGUGGACACACAGGUCAUCUUAGCCACCGAGCUGCCCCUAGGUAAGAUCUGUGGCUUACACGCGUCAGCGUCUUUGGGCGUACGGACCAGCAGUGACGACACUUGCCCCUCUGCCCUGCCAGUUGGUGAAGGAGCACCUUCUGCGGGGAAGGAGGCGGAUGCUUCCGGAACAAAGCCUGAAAUGUUCCUGACUCCUGGGUCUCACUUCUCGGAUCUGGUGGACCUGACUCAUGUACGCUUCAAACCGUCUUGGUCGGAGGGGAGUUCUCUUAUCUUUCUGAGAGAAAAGAACUGUGUGACAGGAACGGGCCUGGAUUCUUCGCAUUUGGUCCUGGUGACCUUCAAGAAGGAUGUGACCAGAACCAGAAAAGUUCCCAUUCCGGGCAUUCUGGUACCUGAUCUAAUCGCGUUCAAUCUUAAAGCCCAGCUUGUGGCAGUGGCUUCGAAUACUUACAAUAUGAUUUUUAUCUAUUCUGUCGUUCCCUCCUUUAUGCCAAACAUCCAGAAGAUUCAAUUAGAGAGUAGCGAAAGACCCAAAGGCAUAUGUUUCUUGACAGAUAAAUUGUUAUUAAUUUUGGUAGGAAAGCCAAAUGCCGCUGAUUCCACUUUCCUUCCUUCUUCCAAGUCUGAACAGUAUGUCUUCCGUUUGGUUGUUCGAGAAGUCACGCUGGAAGAAUUUUCAGAUGCCCUGAGCGAAAGCCAGAACCCUUCCAACAUGCUUUUUGAGACAGCAGAUGGAAGGAAGCCAAGUCGGCCUCCAGAUUUUUGUCACCAAAAUAGAGAGCUCUUACUAACAGCUGAUCCGAGCAGAAAGCCUGGAAGCACCCUCAUUAAAGAAAUCAAGAGUCCCCCAGCUGGCAUCUGCGACGACUCUGCCGUCCUAGAAACGCUGGAUGCUAACCCGAAUAACCACUUAGGAACCCUUCCCCGGGCCACCAGCACGCCAGACCCCAUCAGCCCUCCAGAACCACCCGAUCUGCCUCCAGUAAAGACUGUGCAGGACCCUUGGCAGCUCUCCAAGGAAAUGGACGCGUUGUCUUGGAAGCUGACCCAAGUACAGCAAUGCCUUUCCGAGCUCGCGGGUUCUUUGCUUAACGGGAAGCGACCCUCUCCCGUGUACCCGCUCUCUCGGGAUCUGCCAUACGUUCACAUCACUUGCCAGAGCCCUUCCCGUGGCGGCUGCGCCCCCGAGAAGAGGGCCGUGCUGCUCUGCGGGGGCAAGCUGCGGCUCAGCACCGUCCAGCAGACCUUCGGCCUCGCCCUCGUCGAGAUGCUGCACGACUCCCACUGGGUCCUUCUCUCUGCCGAUACCGAAGGCUUCAUCCCGAUCACCUUCACAGCCACACAGGAAAUAGUCAUCAGAGACGGCAGCCUCCGGGCCAGGGAUGCUCAGGGACACUCUGUCUCCGAGUCAUGACCCUGGCCAUUCCCUUGACAUGCUUGGAGACUGUCCGCCCAAAGGUUGGAUAUCAUGAGGUGGUUUUUGGUUUUGGUUUUGUUUUUUUUGGGUCAUACCCGGCGAUGCUCAGGGGUUACUCUGCACUAAGAAAUUAUUCCUGGCAGUGCUCGGGGGAUCAGAUGAAUCGAACCCAGGUUGGCCGUGUGCAAGGCAAAUCCCCUCCCUGCUGUAAUAUCACUCUGGCCCCCACCACGAGGUAUUCUAACCAAUCAGUGCAGGGGUUUGUUUGCAGGGUAUCUGCAGUAUAGCUUUUUGGACAGCACCACGGCCCACCAGAGCCACAUCCCAUCCCAGUUUUCUGCAGCUUUGACCCACACUGUCGCCCAGGAUGGGGCCCCGCUGUCCAGGAGGGCCUCAGCCACUUCCUCUGGCCGAGGAUCGCUGCUCUGUAGCUCAGUCUUUGUUAAAUGACUCGGAAAGUGGCUGUUGGCUGGGGUGGUAGUGUAGUGGGGAGGGCACUCGCCUUGCACGAAGCCAGUGUGGUUCCACUCUGCUUCCCACAUGGUCCCCCAAGCCCUGCCAGGAGUGAUCUCUGAGCACAGAGCCAGAAGUAAACCCUGAGCACUACUAGAUGUGGCCCCAAAACAAAACAAAUCAGUGGCCGUUUAUGUAUUCAUGAUGUGUUUUUCCCCCCCUCGGGCAGCAUUUGUGGAACAAAACCAUCUGGUACCAUAUGGAUUGGUUUUAUGGCAUCUCUGAGGCUUUCUGUUUCUUGUCUAACUAAAACUGCAUUAACGCUAUCUCAGAAGCACUCGAAAGGUACCUCACCAGCCUUCUAGACCUCCGUGGCUGGAAAGUGAGAGUAGGGAGGGCGGAGAUCAGCAGCGCCUCUGCCCUAAACCAGGGGGACUCCGCAAAGCAUGAAGCAAGGCAAACCACCCAGUGAGUCUACUUUCAGGGAUACCAAGAACCAGAACGGUUUCAGAUACUGGCGGGACCUCCCGGACUUAUGUGUAACCCUCUUGCUUCUCUAGCAAACUCUGAUUUAGGUCCAAAGGCCACAAGCAGCUUUGGAGUGAAUUUCAGGUGAUUUGGCUCUUCCAGGGGCCACUGGAACAGGCCCCCCAUUUACAGGCAUGCUGGCGCGUGCAGAGGUGCCGAGCUUCUCACUUGGCUGCCACUCAUUUCCUCCCAGAAUAUGCUUUUGUUUCCUGCACUUUAGGGAUCAUAAAAAUUUCUAAUUUGUGGGCCGGAGCGAUAGCACAGCGGGUAGGGCGUUGGCCUUGCACGCGGCCGACCCGGGUUCGAUCCCCGGCAUCCCAUAUGGUCCCCCAAGCACCGCCAGGAGUAGUUCCUGAGUGCAAAGCCAGGAGUAACCCCUGAGCAUCGCUGGGUGUGACCCAAAAAGCAAAAAAAAAAAAAAAAAAUUUCUAAUUUGAGGACUGAAGAGAUAGUACAGUUUGGGCACUUGCCUUGCACGCAGUUGACCCAGGUUCAAUCCCCAGCAUCCCACAUGGUCCCCUGAGCACUGCCAAGAGUGACUCCUGAGUCCAGAGCCAGGAAUAAGCCCUGAGCACCGCCGCGUGUGGCCCCAAAACAUAAAACAAAAGGAUGUUUUCUAAUAUUUUUUUUCUCCCAGUCAAUAGCUUCUUUACAUUGUGGUUUUACCAUUGGCUUUCCCUCUGUUCAAAUCGGAGAUACCAGCCUCGAGUCUGAGAGAAAGUAUUCCAAGUUGUUAGAAGUUUCACCGAAUCUGAGGUAGUUCUAAAAAGCCCUAGUUUAUUAUCAUUGUGGAUGAAAGAAGCAGCCCAGUCGAGGGGAGGCUUUCCGCCCCUAACUUCAGCCAGACUCUGCUGCUCACUGCCUUCCCAGGGACUCAUAAAUUGUAAUUACCUCAGCGUGACACAUUGAUCCGCAUGUGGCUGGUCAGAGCACAUCUGCGGAGAAGUUGUUUCAGCCGUCCCCGCUCCAUUAGCACCUCUGCAUCUUUCCCCACUAGCCUUUGAAAUUGUCUGGAAAGAUCCAUUUUGUACCUCCGGGACUGCUGUCCGUCUGUUCCCGAUUACGAGGCCGGAGCUGGGCUGCGAGCAAAGCCGGGGCCCAUUUUGUGGUUCAGAUGCAUUAGGCAGCUGCCGGGAUAAUGGGGCUGGAGGCCACUUGUCUGCAGUCAGCUGCCGCGUGAGAGGGCGGCUGGGGACAGCCCGGGGCCGGGCUCCCUGUGCACAGGAAAUGACCGAGUGGGCUGAAAGCUCAUGGUUUCGCAGCCUCGAGAGAGGCCUUCGAGGGCCCUUGAGUAAAAUCAGUCUGGGUGUCUCAAGAUGUAUGUGACAGUCACUUCACCAGUCCAAAGCCUGAGCUGAGUCCUCAGUUAACCGCUAAUGGUCAUUGAUGGGGCUGUCCCUCAGUGCUCGAGUGCCCUGGCCUCAGUCCCUAGCACACCCCCACCCCGGCACACAGAAGGCCGCGGCUGUAGUACGCAUCUGCCUUUGUUUUCCUCUUGUUCUCUUUUGCUUAGUUUUUUUUUUUUUUCUUUUUGGGUCACACCCAGCGAUGCACAGGGGUUACUCCUGGCUUUGCACUCAGGAAUUACUCCUGGCAGUGCUUGGGGGACCAUAUGGGAUGCCGGGGAUCGAACCCAGGUCAGCCGCGUGCAAGGCAAACGCCCUACCCGCUGUGCUAUCGCUCCGGCCCCUCUUUUGCUUAGUUUUUCUGGUGUUAGGGACCAAACCCCUGGCCUCCCCCCUGUGAGGGAUGCACUCUGCCACUGAACCACAUUUUUGGCCUGUUGUCCAGCUUUUGGUGGCAGUUUCUUUGUGAUUUCUGCUAGUACAGAGAGCUGUUCUCAGCUUUAUGUCUGGGUAUGAGGUUUCCUUGUUUCUUCUCCUGGAGAAAAGUCUGGAGUCUAGUUUCUUCCCUCACAACAACUGAUUCCCUGGCAAACUCUCGAGAUGUUUCCUUCGCCUCUGCUAUUACUACUGUCAUUGGAACAAAAGAAGACAGUCUAGUACUUUAUUGGCUUUAUAAACAGAAGAGCUGAACUCUAAAAAUAAACUUAAAUUUGGUGCUUAAUGUUAUCUUGAGAGUAUUUUGCAUAAGCAAAGACAAUCCCAUUUUGCACCCACAUCUAUUAAA